UCGAGGCAACAGUAUCAUUUCAACCUGCGCCAAGGGAGUACACCAUACCUCUGAUAACGCAUGUUCCGCCGACCUUACAUGUGCGUCAUUUGGCACAUUAACUUAUCAAACGUCGCCCUGGACCUUAAAAGCAACGCGAAACGAGUCGCGCUGAGGUAGAAAAAAUACAAUGUCAACGGAACGUUAACCUUAAAGUAUUUAACACACAAAAAAAAAAGAAAAAAAGAGGAACUAAGUAAAGCCCCCAAUCCCGCAACCGCGAGUGACAACAACGAUUUGUGUGUUCAUCGCCUCGAAAAGUGAACAGUUUUGAAACUCAUUGUUUGUUUUCCAUUGGAUGCCCGGCCUCUAGGCAUCAAGUACGGUUCCUGUUUCCGAUAGUUUGGCCUCGGGCAGACUGUUUGCUGUCUGCUACCGGGACUUAUGCAAAUAGUGUGCAAAAAGUCCAGUUGUCGAGCAAGGUUUUCGGUUAGAAAUUUGGGUUAAAAAAACAUGAGUGUAACAAACCAAAUGUAUGCUUCUCUCAGUGCAAUUGCACUUGGAAUAGUAUACCUAGCAGUGGAGAGUAAAGCGUGCGGACAUCCUCCGUACGUGUCCCGCGAUGUGUGGAAUGCCCAGCCGGCAAAACUAGUCGAACACUUUGCCGGACCCAUUCCAUACGUCAUCAUUCACCACUCGUACAUACCGGCCGCGUGUUACAGUGGGCUGCAGUGCAUCGAAGCGAUGCAAGAGAUGCAGAAGAUGCACCAGGUUCAGCGACAGUGGAACGACAUUGGAUACAGUUUCGCAGUCGGCGGCGAUGGUCGCGUGUAUCAGGGUCGAGGAUUCAACGUCAUCGGUGCCCACGCUCCCCGGUACAACAAUCGGAGCGUCGGUAUAUGCCUUAUAGGUGACUGGGUCGCUGAUUUACCACCGAAAAACAUGAUCGCGGCGACUCAAAAACUCAUCGAAUACGGUGUGCGGCAAGGAAUCAUCGCGCAGAACUACACCCUGCUUGGGCACCGACAAGUUCGAUCCACAGAAUGCCCCGGCGAUCGACUGUUUGAGGAGAUCAAAACGUGGCCGCACUUUUCCCCGAUGACGGACAUAGUCGAUCAAAACAAAAUUUAAGGAAAAUCCAAAGCAUGUCCAACUGCCGUGGCAAACAAACGCAACCCAAGUAUUGAUGUUUUAUAAUAAGCGUUUGAUAAACAGGAUUAAGAUAUCUCACUACCUCGAUGUUUACUAUCCAAACGGUACUGUUCCUACUAAUUAUAAAUUUAAGAAAAUAAAAAGAAAUGAAGU